CCUCAGUGUACACUUUAUGAACUAGUACAGAAAGUUCAGCUGGAAAGAACAAACCUUAUAUGGCGAGAGAGAGAGAGAACUCUCCAAUUGCUGGAAAAAAUUCUCUAAUGUAAAAUAAAUAGUUGCGAAUAAUUUCAUUGUAUCAUUUUGCUAAAGUGCAUAUUACGACAGACAUAUAUAUAUAGAAGUCUGUGAUUACAACAAACAGGAUAAUGGUAACAGGACCUACUGAACAUGGAAUACAAGCCGAUGUUAUAUUUGUCAUUGAAGGAACAGCUGUUAAUGGCGCAUACCUCAAUGAUCUUAAAACAAAUUAUCUUAUUCCUACAUUAGAAUAUUUUAGUCAAGGUGGCAUAGAAGACAGAGAAUAUGUCUCUGAGAAUAGUACAACAUUGUAUGGAAUAGUUGUUUACCAUGCCGCUGAUUGCUUACCAUCACCUUGUACAGAAACUUUUGGACCUUAUUCAAAUCCUCAUAAGCUAUUGGUGGUCUUGGACAAGCUUGAAAUGGUUGGUGGGAAGGGAGAAUCUUGUGCAAAUAUAGGUGAAGGCCUCGCAACAGGUUUACAAUGUUUUGAAGAUUUGCAACUGAGGCGAGAGCCAAAUACUGCAUCACAGAAACAUUGUAUCUUGAUAUGUAAUUCACCUCCAUAUCAAAUUAUGAUUCAAGAAUCUUACAAAUUUGCUGGUCACACUAUUGAACAGUUAGCUGCUAUCUAUCAAGAGAGAAAUAUUAACAUUUCUAUAUUAUCACCGAGAAAAAUUCCAGCAUUAUACAAAUUAUUUGAAAAGGCUGGCGGUGAUUUACAGUCAUCGCAAACGAAAAAUUAUGCCAAAGAUCCACGGCAUUUGGUGUUGUUACGAAAUUACAACUUAAAGGAAAGACCCGUUAGUCCGCAAAUGGGCGGUAAUGUUCAUAAUACAAGCAGCGUGACGCAAAUCCCUCUAAGUCCAUUACAGAGCAAUGAUAGUCCAAACACUAAUCAAGUACAGCAGAACAUUGCCCCGCCGAAUCAGCAGCAAAGUCCUGCCUUCAGGAAUCAAACGCCUCAAAAUAUUACGGUCCAUCAGAAUGUACCGUCGAGCAUGGCGGCACCAAUGAAUACCGCACGGCCUCCUUACAACCCGCAAAUUGCCGCGCCACCGAAUUAUCAUCCGGCAGGAGUGAAUAUAGCUACGAGAGCCAGAUGGAUGCGACCGUAUAUAACACCAGGCGCUGCUGCGCCUACAAAUACGCAGGGCAGUGCGCUAAUAGCGCAAUUAACGCAGCCACCGUCGUCGUUAGGACUCAAUGUAGCUGCAUUUGGUCAAAGAUUGGAUGGUGGGAAUAAUGUUAUGGCGGCUAAUCAACAACAGCAGCAGCAACAACAGCAACAACAACAACUCACGCAACAACAGCAACAGCUGCGAUUGACGAUGCAAUUGCAACAACAGCAAAAUGCCCAACAGGCUACUAUGUCUAUGGCUGCUCAACCGACCCAUAGUCAACCGGGAUCACAACUUACUGUGUCUUGUAUUAGCCAAUCAGUGCCUACUCAAGUGUCACAGACUGUCACAGCUUCGCAACAAGCGCCAGUCUCGGUGUCUUCCAUUACGCAACAGAUUACUCAUCCUCAAACACAAGGCACUGUGUCUACUGGUACUGUACAAGGCGGGUCACGCGAGCGCCACAACAUCUGGCACGGCAUUGUGGAAUGGAUCGAAAAGGCCAAAAAUCCUACAGAUGCACAAAAGCAAACGAGACAUGUUCCAUGUCAUGUUUCGGCUAAUUUGAAAGAUGGAGAACCAGAAUUGAAAGCAGAUACGUGGCCACAGAAAUUAAUUAUGCAAUUGAUGCCAAAACAAUUGAUAGGAAAUAUUGGUGGUUCUUAUCUAAAGAAUUCUAAAUCUGUUCUUUUCCAUCCGACGCCGUGUGAAGCAUUGGAAUCUUUAACGAAAAUGAUGAGUACUGGAUUUGCAGGUUGUGUUCAUUUUACCUCCGCUCCAACGAGCCCGACUUGUGAGAUAAAAGUACUUAUUCUUUUAUACACUGCAGAAAAAAAAACAUAUUUAGGCUUUAUCCCGAACGAUCAAACAGGUUUUGUUGAUCGUCUUCGCAAAGUGAUACAACAGCAGAAAACAUCUCACGCUUCUCUAAGACAGGGACAAGCUAAUCCUGGACCGGGAAAUACGAUUCCUGCUCCCAUGCCUACCACAGGUACACAAGGUGGUAUUCUUAUGUCCCAAACGAAUACUAUGGCAAUGGGAGGGGGCCAAAUAACGCAGAACGUUGUAUGUACUAACGCUCCUCCACAAACCUUAACUUCGACUACUGGUCCACAAAAUCAAAUGAACAUGCAGAAUAGUGGAAUAAGUGGUCCACAAGCGAAUACUGGUGCUGGUGGUAUGAUCGGACAGCAACGACCUCCAUUUGAUGAUAUAGAAAUGGCCAGGCAUCAAAAUUUGUUGAAAAUUCAACAUCUAAGACAAACGUUAGAGGAUGCGCAACGACAAGAAGCACAGUAUAAAUCUCAACUAGAGGUAAAUAUUCAACAAAAUCUAGAAGUGGCCCAACAACAAGAAAUGCAAUAUAAACAACAACUUGAGGCGCAACAGGCACAGAGAAGCCUAAAUCCAGCCGCUAUGUCCAAUCAACAGGCAAACGCUCAAAGAUUGAUGCGUCCUGUUUCCGCAAAUAAUCUUGGUCUCAGACAUUUAUUACAACAACCACAACCUCAAUAUAGACAAGUAUUUGGAGUACAGCAACAAAUGGUAGGUCCAAGGGGACAGAUAACAGCGAGGCCAAUGGCACCUGGUAAUACACAAAAUCAGCAGUUUGAGGAUGUAUCGAAUUAUGACUUUCUUGGUUGAGCACUGUGAAUAAAUGUUUCUUAUUUUCUUUCUAAGUUAAAAUUUGUUCAAUAUUUAAAAAGAUAUACGAGUAUCGUGAUUUUAAUAUUUCGUCUAUUUAUGGGAAUACGUAGAAUUGUACAUAGAGAGAAAUCUAUAAAGAAUAUAGAAAAAUAUAUACAUGCAUGCGAAAUAAAAGGCAUAAAAGUAUUAAAAUAUUUGCGAUAUUGGAAUGGAAUUCUAUUAAGUCUGGGUUGUUGCAUGUAAUGAUACUCUAUGGG